AUGUAACCUUACUAUGAUAAAGACACUGAUGAUGAAUGUAAAUUUAAUAAAAAUCCUAUCUUAGUUUCUGAUAAUACUUCACUUGAAGGAAUGAAUUAUAGACCACAAACAGCUCCACCAAGUCCAAUUACAGAACUUGAAGAAUUCAAAAGGUUUUUGAUCCAAUCAUAUUAUAGAUAACGCGAAUUUUAUAUUUUGGAAAAAGCUUAACAUUACUAAAAUUAAUUAAUUUAAAGAGAUUUACAUAAAUAUGAUCUAGAUAAUCCUGAAGGUUAACGAAGUUGUAAAAAAUACUUAAAAACAUUGGAGGAAAUCUGUAUUGUAUUUAUUUACUUUAAAUAUUCUUUUUAGAUUUAUUAAGUGAAAACUUUAUCAAGAGAAUACAGAAAUUCAUUUUCAAAAGCUUAUAAGAUAUUAUAUAAGGAAGAUAGAUUAUGUUAUCUUACUGAAAUAUUAGAUAGUGCAUAAGAAGGUUUAUUUAAAAAAAUAUUUAUAGGCUUUCCUUACUUAUGGGUUAAUUCUGAAAAAUUUGUUUUUUCAUCUGAUGUACUAAAUAAAGGAUCUAAGUUAAUAGAAUUAUUUUAUAAAGUUUAACAUUUUAUUAGACUUUCAUAUUCUAAAACACUUAAAGAAAGUCCUGAUUUCUCNACAAAAUAUUAAUAAUUAUUGCUUACAAUAAACAAAUACUACUAAGAGAAUUGA